AUGAGAUAAUCGUAAUUGAAGAGAAAGAUGUCUAGCAUCAGAAACAGCGUGCAUGGAAGUUUGCAUGGUAGUGGCAACAAUAGUUUGCAUAACAGCGCUUAAAGAUAGAGUAGCAAUACCAUAGGUUAAGUGUUGCCAUUUCAUAAAAUCAAAGAAAUCUAAUAAACCUUAUUAGAAUGCAAUUACAUUAAUGAUCUCUCUGUUUAUUAUGUAGAAGAGUUAGUAAGAUUUGCUAGUCUGGUUAUGGAAAAAGUGGUUAAGGUCAGAGGCCAUAAAUGA